AUGGGCAAAGACCUUCUUUCCGCCAUCGCUAUCCCCGAGCUGACUGGUAAAGUCGUCAUCGUCACUGGCGGGCACACGGGACUUGGUUUUGGCACGAGUAUCGAACUCGCCAGACAUGGCGCCCGGGUGUAUAUUGCCAGUCGAUCCCACACACGGUUCGAGCAUGCCAGGCGGGACAUCAUAGCUGAAUGCUCGGAGCGUGAAGUAGACGUGAGGUUUCUCAACCUCGACCUGUCCAGCAUCAGUAGCGUUCGUCAUGCAGCUGAGCAAUUCAUUCGGCAGGAGUCGAGGUUACAUUUGCUAGUGAACAAUGCCGGUGUUGGUGACCCAGGCUUGACUGAACCUCUUGUAAAGGAGUUCCUCAGCUCACUUCAACUAGGUUAUGUGUUUUCCGUCAACUACAUCGGCCACUUCCUACUUACCAGUUUACUCCUCCCAACCCUGCAGCAGACAGCAUCCGAGGCAGCCGACAAGGGAAGCGUUCGCAUCGUAAAUGUGUCUAGCGACGGACAUGCCAAACUCGCCCCGAAGGAAGGCAUUAUCUUCUCCGAUAUGAAUAUGAAAGCCUUUUCAGUCUGGGCUCGAUAUGGCCAUUCAAAGCUUGCCAAUAUCCUACACAGCAGGGAGCUGGCCAAGAGGUAUCCGGACAUCCUAGCACUCUCAGUGCACCCGGGAACCGUUAAGACAGGCCUGGCUGCAGGCCCGAUUUCAUCUACCCCACUCUAUAGAUUGAUAAAGCCGCUGGUCGAGCUGGGUGCGCCAGGUCCACGCAAAGGAGCAGCCAGCAUUCUCUUCGCGGCUGUAUCGCCGCAGUUGAAGCUCGAAUGCCAUAAUGGGGCGUAUCUGCUUCCGAUCGGAAGACUGUCGGCUCCCAGUAAGGCGGGAUCAGAUGCGAAAAUGGCGGAGGAACUCUGGGAGUGGACCGUCAAUGCGCUAUCACAUGUGAAGGUCGAUGAAUAG